CUUCACUGUGUAUCCUACCUUGACUACAGUCGCUCUUAGCAUACCGUUCUCGAUGUCGUCAAUUCUUGGGCCCGUCCACCUCUUGGCGUAUUCUACCCUUCUCGGAACCGAGCUUUACCAAAGUUUCGUGAUGACCAAAGUCGCAUAUCAAGCUCUUCCAAGAUCAGCCUUUACAAGCUUGCAAAAGCGCGUGUUCCCGAUCUACUUCCAAAGCCAGUCGCUGCUCCUCCUGCUAGCUGCUGUGAGCAUCCCGCCCCACGGCCUGAUCUCCUUGUUCAAGGAGAAAAGCGACUGGAUUCCCUUCGCCGUGGCAGGCAUAACUGCUGGGCUCAAUCUAGUUGUUUACGGACCGAGAACCAAAGAGUUGAUGAUUGAGAAAGUUCAUCAAGCAACUCGCGAUGUGGAUCUUGAACUUAGUACAGGGACUGUAAGCGAGAGUAUGAAGAAGCUCAAUCGAUCGUUUUCUAGGGCUCAUGCAAUGAGUAUCCAUUUGAACCUCGUCGCGAUUGGUGCGACGCUUUGGUAUGGAUGGCGGUUGGCUUCGAGGUUAAGGUUUGAUACCAAGUAGAAGAUCGCAUAGUAAAGUAUACGAGCAGCAAUUGACAAUACCUAACCACGAGAGAACACCGGUUCGAGGCGUCUAUCGAUGCUGUUGGGUGGGUUAAAAUAUACAUUCCAGGCAUCACUUCAUGAG